AUGUUGUAUUUGAAAGUUUUGGCUUCAAACUGCCUUGAGGAGCUAAACUUUGAUACCGACCAUGGCCUUUCAAACAAGGAAGUUGUAUCCCUCCGUGAGAAGUUCGGCAAGAAUGAGCUGCCGAAAGGUGAAGGAGAGCCUCUCUGGAAGCUGUUCUUGAAACAAUUCGAUGAUCCUCUUGUCAAGAUCCUGCUUGGGGCAGCUGCAGUUUCCCUGGUAUCCUCUUUCAUCGAGGGGACGUCUGAAGGAUUGAUUGAGUUCUUCGUCAUCAUGACAAUACUCAUCUUCAAUGCAGCCGUUGGAGUCUGGCAGGAGAAACGAGCUGAGGACGCGAUUGAUGCGCUUCAGUCGUACAACCCUGAGAAGGCCAAGGUGUUGAGAAAUGGGAAGCUGUCGGAGAUUCUAUCUGCUGACAUCGUUCCGAUGGAUGUUGUCGAAGUUGCGGUCGGCGACAAAGUUCCUGCAGACAUGAGAGUGAUCGCAAUGCACUCGACGACCUUGAAAGUUGAACAAGCUGCCCUCACCGGAGAGUCUGCGAGCGUCAACAAGAAUCCUAACAGCGUUUCUUCCAAAAAAGAUUGUGAGCUGCAAGCAAAGGACAACAUUCUGUUCUCGGGUACCGAUGUGGUGUACGGCAAGUGUCGUGGCGUCGUUAUCCUUACCGGAGAGAAGACGGAGAUCGGAAAGAUCGCCAAGUCUCUCAGCGAGACGGAGGAGCACAGCUCUCCCCUCAAGGAGAAGCUGGAUGCUUUCGGCGACCUCCUGACCAACGUCAUCACCGUGAUCUGCAUCCUCUGCUGGGUUGUCAACAUCUUCUCGUUCAAGAGGAAGGGCACGAUGGUGGUCACGUCGACGUUCCGUGACUCGGACUACGGCUAUCUCUGGUGCUGGCUUUUCGGUGCUCUGUUCUACUUCAAGGAAGCCGUUGCCCUUGCUGUGGCAGCCAUCCCAGAGGGCCUUCCGGCCGUCGUCACCACCUGCCUCGCCCUUGGAACCCGCAGGAUGGCAAAGAGAAACGCUCUUAUUCGGCACCUCCCAGCUGUUGAAACACUUGGCUGCACCUCAGUGAUCUGCUCGGAUAAGACCGGCACACUGACAACAAACCAGAUGAGUGUUGAGAAGGUCCUGACGUUUGGGAAGAACAGCACUGACCUGGUGGAGAUGGAUGUGUCAGGCAUCACCUACGAGCCCAAGGGAGAAGUAACCAGAGACGGCAGGAGAGUCACGAUGAGGGAUCACGACGUCCUUAGCUACCUUAGCAAGAUCAUGUCUCUAUGCAACCAGUCCAACAUCUCCUGCAACUCCGCCGGCCACUGGGACAAGAUCGGAGAGUCAACGGAGGCUUCUCUCAAGGUGCUCGUGGAGAAACUUGCGGAUCCCUCCAUGUUGGGGUCGAGCGGCUCGCACACCCCAGGAAACGACAUGUGGACAAAGAUGUUCAAGAGAGAAGCCACGUUGGAGUUUGCGAGAGACAGGAAGUCCAUGAGUGUCAUCGUGGAUGGAGUUCAACUUCUCUGCAAAGGAGCGCCGGAGAGCGUCCUCGCUCGCUGCACCAGCGCCAUGAUGGCAAACGGAGACAUCGUACAGAUGACUGAUAGGAUGAGAGAGGCUAUCAUGUCCAAGGUUGAGAAGGAGUACGGCAGCGACACUAAGGCUCUUCGGUGCCUUGCGCAUGCCUUCUCUCAGAAGGUGGAGCUCUCCGACAAGAGGCUGGCAGAUCCCAAGUCCUUUGCCAGCGUUGAGAGCAACAUGACGUUUGUGGGAGUCGUUGGGAUCCGCGACCCUCCCCGCAAGGAGGUCAAGGACUCAAUCAUGACCUGCAAGAAGGCUGGGAUCAGAGUGAUUGUCAUCACCGGAGACAACCAGAAGACUGCAGAAGCUGUCUGUAGGAUGAUCGGCGUCUUCGAGCCGGACGAGGACGUGCAUGGCAAGUCUUUGACCGGCGCUGAGUUUGCCAGGAUGAGCAGGCGGGAGCAGCUGCAGGCAGUGAUGAACGCGAGCCUCUUCUCGCGCACGGAACCAAUCCACAAGCAAGUGAUCGUCGAGUGUCUGCAGACGCGGGAGGCAGAGGGAGGGCCAGGGGAGGUGGCAGCGAUGACGGGUGAUGGCGUGAACGAUGCCCCUGCCCUGCAUGCUGCAGACAUCGGAGUGGCGAUGGGAUCGGGGACGGCAGUGGCGCAGGGAGCAGCGAAGAUGGUACUUGCUGAUGACAACUUCACGACCAUCGUGGCUGCGAUAGAGGAGGGGAGGGCGAUCUACAACAACACCAAGGCGUUCAUCCGCUACCUCAUCUCCUCCAACAUCGGCGAAGUCGUCUGCAUCUUCCUCGCCGUCCUCCUGGGCAUCCCCGAGGUCCUCGUACCGGUCACGCUGCUAUGGGUGAACCUGGUGACGGACGGGCUGCCAGCUACGGCUCUCUCCUUCAACCCGCCGGAGACGGACAUCAUGACCAAGAAGCCAAGGAAGCGAGACGAGCAACUGCUCUCCGCCUGGAUCCUCGUGCGCUACGUGGUCAUCGGGGCGUACGUUGGGAUCGCCUGCAUCCUCGGCUUCAUCUGGUGGCAGACAACGUACGAGCACGGCCCCAAGAUGCAGUUUGCCCAGCUCAGGGACCACCUGCAGUGCCAUGACAAGAACUUCAAGUUCGCCAACGGGUUCGACUGCCAUGUAAUGGAGGACAAGAGGCCCAAGACUGUCUCUCUGUCGAUCCUCGUGGUCGUCGAGAUGUUCAACGCACUCAACGCUAUCUCGGAGAACGAGUCGCUGCUCAUGAUGCCUCCCUGGGUAAAUCCCUGGCUCCUCGCCACCAUCCUGCUCUCGAUGACCCAGCACUUUAUCAUCCUUGCGGUGCCUCAGUUCCGCACUAUCUUCCAGGUGGCACAUCUGAACCAGGAGGAGUGGACGAUGGUUGUGCUGCUUUCGUUCCCUGUCAUCCUCCUCGACGAGGUUAUGAAGAUGAUCAGCCGCAGGCAUGAGAAGAUGAAGGAGGAGGAGGACAAGAAGUUUGUGUGA